AUGUCGGACCUCCAGCGCCGCAACGACGCCGUGGACGUCAACAACUUCAACCAGAACAACAACUCGGUGGUGAUCCACCAGACGGACCGUGGCUCCGACUGGUACUUCGCCGUGUGUGCGAUGAUGGGAGCGACGGCGCUGACGAUUCUUGUGCUGAGCCGUCGCAAGCCUCGCACCGACCGCGUCUUCUUCUAUCUCUCGGGCGGUCUGUGCCUGGUGGCAUGCAUUGCCUACUUUGCCAUGGGCUCCAAUCUAGGCUGGACACCGAUUGACGUCGAAUACCUGCGCAACAACCCCAAAGUCUCGGGACGAAACAGACAGAUUUUCUACGUUCGAUAUAUUGACUGGUUCGUCACUACCCCCCUAUUACUCCUCGACCUCCUCCUCACCGCCGGCAUGCCAUGGCCGACGAUCCUAUGGGUGAUCGGCCUGGACGAGAUCAUGAUCGUGACAGGUCUGGUCGGCGCGCUCGUCCGCUCGCGCUACAAAUGGGGCUUCUACGCCUUCGGCUGUGCCGCCAUGUUCUACAUCUUCUACGAGCUCGCGUUCGUGGCCCGUCGCCACGCCGCCGCUCUGGGCGCCGACGUCCAUCGCGCCUUCACCUUGUGCGGCGUCUUGACUCUGGUCGUCUGGCUCUGCUACCCGAUCGCAUGGGGUGUGUCUGAGGGAGGUAAUGUCAUUGCGCCAGACAGUGAAGGCAUCUUCUACGGCAUCCUCGAUCUGCUCGCCAAACCCGUCUUCUCGCUCGCCCUCAUCUACUCGCAUUGGAACAUCGAUCCUGCUCGUCUGGGUCUGCGCAUCAGAGACUUUGGCGAUUCUGCCAGCCUCAGCUCCGCGGAGCGGGAGAAACGCAAUGGCCAUGGCCACGGCCCCGGUGCUGGUGCUGGGCUGGGGACAACUGGGCCCCUUUCCGCUACCGGCACAGGUGUGACUACUGGUACUGGUAGUGAAGCUACUCGGGACAAUGCUGCCGGGCCGGGUGCCCCUUUGCCCGGCACUGGCACUGGCACGGGUGUUUAG